AUGCAAUUUUGGCUCCGCAUUUUGGGUGUAUCGCCCGAGGAGGCGGUAGCUCUCGCGGGUCGCCCGCGGAGUGUGGUGCUACAAAAGACAUUGGGGUUUAGCGGUUCGUACAGCAACAAUUCGACGAUGUUGUCAAAUGAGUAUUUUACCGUGCUGCUGACCGAAUCGUGGACGGCGGUCUCGGCGAAGGAAUUCAAGGCUACUAACAAGGACAUUUACAUGCUUGAUACGGACUUAGCGCUGCUGGAGGCACCGGAGCUGAAGAUAUGGGUGGAAAAGUUUGCCAAGGAUGAGAUGGCUUUCAAAAAAGUCUUAUCGAGUGCCUGGCACAAGGUCAUGACGGCUGACCACUUCAGAGCUGAUAGCUACUAA